CAGCAGCCAAGGUGAACUGCCCUCCGGCACAGGAUGCUUCCUGAGCUCCUGCCCCACGGGAGCUGCUGGUGACGGCGAGUGGGAGAGCCGGGAAGUCAGAGCAAAGGAAUUUGCAAACACAUUCUUCAGCGCCACGAGGAUCCCACGGCGCAUAAACAGGAAUAAAGGCCGGCAGAGGCGGGGGCCCGGGUGAGGCUGGGGCUGCUCCCAGUUCCUGUGAGACCUCCAUGGACUCACCUGCUCCGAAGAGCAUCAGGCACCACGAUCCCAAUUUUACCCUUCCCAACCGCAGCUGAUCCGGUGCAGGAAGCGCCGGUGAAGGCGAAGUGGGGGCUGCUCAGUGACUGCCAAUGUCACGUUAACAUCCCGGCGAGGUGCCGCAGGGAGCCAACCCUUUGAUCGCCUGCCCGAGAGCAUCCUCCGAGGCAAGCAGGAUGCUGCUCUGAGCCCUGCCUUCCCCUGCCCGCCCUCCCCUUGCACCCAGCUCCCCCGGGGCUGGCUGGAGACGAGGGGCGUGGGGCCCGCUGGGUCUCCCCAGGAUGCUCUCCCGCGCCAGUGGCUGCUCCCCGUGCUCCUGCUCUGCGGCCAGACCCAGACUGAAAGCUCAGCAGGCUGCCGGCAUGUUUUAGCCUGAUGCAGGCAUCCCUCAGAGACCCCAGAGCAGUGGACAGUAAUGUGAAAACCAUACUCAUGUCGUGUCUGAAAGGGCAACAGGUCAUCAUCAAAAUGGAGGCGAUGAAAAUCAUCCACCCAGAGAAGUUUUCGGAGCUGCAGGCCUCACAGCCGCGCUACGCGCCCGCUCCCCGCCGCGAGCCGCCCUUGGUGGCCAAGCGCGCGUGGCCCUCCGAGUCCGAGAUCAUCGUCAACCAGGCCUGCGGGGACAUCCCCGCCCUGGAUGCCACCCCCGGGCCUUUGCCGCUGCCCCGGACUCCGCCUCUGCCACGGCGAGAGCGUGGGUACCAGGCCCAGCGGAAGGGCAGCUCGGAGGUUUGCUACCACCGGCAGCCGCCGUCGGACGAGGUGAUCGUCAACCAGUACGUGCUGCACCCCUCGACGCCCUGCGAGCCUCUGGAGUGCCCCACCUGCGGCCACAUGUACAACUUCACCAACAAGCGGCCCCGCAUCCUCUCCUGCCUGCACUCGGUGUGUGAGGAGUGCCUGCAGAUCCUCUACGAGUCCUGCCCCAAGUACAAGUUCAUCUCCUGCCCCACCUGCAAGCGGGAGACCGUCCUCUUCACCGACUACGGGCUGGCAGCUCUGGCUGUCAACACCAGUAUCCUCAACAGACUGCCAGCCGAGGCCCUGGCCACCAACCCCGUCCAGUGGAGCAGUGACACCGACCGCAGCUGCUACCAGACCUUCCGCCAGUACUGCGGGGCUGCCUGCACCUGCCACAUCCGGAACCCGCUGUCUUCCUGCACCAUCAUGUGAGACCCCUGCCCGCACCCCCCGGCAGCGGGGCAGCUGGGAGAGGACAGUGAAGUGCCACGGCCCACCCUGAGUCCCUUCUGUGACAGUGGCACAGCCUUAGGAUACUCUGAUGCUCACCACGGCUGAGGAUGUGGGACCAACCUCCUUGCUGGCACUGGCGAGGGGCGGCGGGGACACUGGGACCUGGUGGCAGCCCUCUACCACCCUAAUGCUGCCAGGGGAGAAGGACCCUGGGAUGGGGAGCAUAUCUACCAGUGGUUCCAGCUCCCCCCAGGUCCUGCUGCAGGUGCCCUUGCUGUGUACUGAGCGUCUCACCAGGCUCCUUCCCCAGACAUCUGCUCCUUCUCUCCUCACGGCUCCCGAGAGUGGACACCGGGUCCCAAGCAGAGAGAUGCUCCCCAUCACCCCACGGCCACCACCCGUGGCACGAGGAGCCCUGAAGGUCACGCUGGAACCCCCGCCUGGCACAGGAGGCAAGGACAGGUCCCCGGCUGCCCACCCCCACCCACCCCCCUCUGUAAGUUAUUUGCCAAAGCUUUCAUCUCAGUGGCCAAGCCGCCAUGCUCCUGAAUCGUAGCCACGCCGAGCCACCGCACCAGCCCCUCGGUUGCGAGCAGACACGCGGCCCGGUUCCUCCGCAGGCCCUCGAGGAAAGCUCCACUUUGUCCUCGUUUUGGAGGAUUCUUGUUUUUUUCCCCCAUCCAUCCCCAGCCACCCCGUCCCAGGCUGCUACUCAUUCACAGAGGCAUUGAGCUGUGCCCGUUCUCUGCUGCUCUGCCUGAGGCCCUGCACUGAUGCCCUGUGGGAUGGCUCAGGGGGGGGGGCAGCGUGGGGUCCAGUACCCCCAAAUUACCAUCAAUACCAGUGAGGGAAUGUAGCUGGGCAGGGGGGCAGAGGUCUGACUCCUACCCAUAGCCCCUUCCCAAGAGUAACACCUCUGAGCCCUGUGUGGAGGGGCUGGCAGGGCAGCAGCCCCCUGGGCACAGUCUUGCUAUCUCCAGGACACCUGGAGGGGUAAGUUUGCUGCCAAAAAAAAAAAGCAAAAAAA